AUGGACAAAAGAAAACUGUUUGAUACAAAGGCUUGGUCUGAGUAUACUGUAGAAUGGGCUGCAGAGGACCCAUAUGGCUUCCUCACGACAGUGAUUUUGGACCUUACUCCACUGUUCCUAGUUAGUGUUGUGCUCUUCUGGAAAUUGGCCAAGAUGAUUGAAGCCAGGGAAAAGGAGCUGAAGAAGAAACAAAAAUGUCAAGAAAAUAUUACAAAAGCCAAAUGA